AUCUCUCCUGCUUUUCGUGUUGUCGUGUUGGUGUAUCACAGAACACGUAGGUCGUAUUUGGUCUAUACGCUACGGCAAUACAGGAUUUUGGCUCAUUUGCGAGCAAGUUUUUGCGUAACAACUCUUAGGCAUACUCUCGCUGUACACGGUAGCGCUCGUUUAUCAGUUAAUAACGUCCAAUUUAAAGCGUUCUUUUAUUACUUAAGGUUUCAAAAUGUCGAUAUUUACGCCGACUAACCAGAUACGUUUGACCAACGUUGCCAUAGUGCGCAUGAAGAAAGGUGGCAAGCGCUUCGAGAUCGCCUGCUACAAGAACAAGGUUUUGGCUUGGAGGAACAACGUGGAGAAGGACAUUGAUGAAGUCCUUCAAAUGCACACAGUGUACACAAAUGUCACCAAGGGCCAGGCUGCCAAGAAGGAGGACCUUGUGAGGUGUUUUGGUUCAGAAGACGAGACCGAGAUCUGCAAAGAGAUCCUGGCCAAAGGUGAGCUGCAGGUGUCGGAGAAGGAGCGACACUGCCAGCUGGAGUCGAACUACCGGGACAUUGCCACCGUGGUGGCCGACAUGUGCAUCAACCCGGAGACCAAGAGGCCCUACCCCGUCACCAUUAUCGAGAAGUCCAUGAAGGAGGCGCACUUCUCGGUGCGGCCCAACAAGAGCACCAAGCAGCAGGCACUGGAAGCAAUCCGUCAGCUGAAAGAUGUCAUACCCCUGCAACGGUCGCAGAUGAAGCUGCGCGUUGUGGUGCCCCAGGGCAAGGCCGUGCGGUCACGGCUGGAGGCGCUCGCGUCCUCUGUCGAGAUGUCCACCGUUCUUGGUGACACGGGCACCCUCGAGAUGGUGUUCCUCACGGACCCAGGCAACUUCCGGCAAGUGGACGAGCUUGUGAGCAAGGAGAGCAAAGGUCGUGGUCAGGUGGAGGUCAUCAGCCUCAAGGAGAUCCAGGAAGGAGAUGAGCUGCUCGAGUGAUCACCUCGCCAUCUCGUCGGCCACAGCCUUUGGAUUGCGUGUCCAUCAGGAAUGUCCUCACUAUAUGCCCUUCUAUAUGCGUAACCACGACUGCAGUGUUGAAAGACGCGACACCCGGUGUUGCUGCUGAGGUGGUAGAGUGGAAGGUGCAUAUAAUGGUGGAAUGUAGAAGCCGAAUGAUGUUGCGUGUUGGUUGUAUUCGAUUUUGUUCUUUGGUACUGAUUCCCGUAAAAGGACUUGCUCACGAGGGGGUUGCUUGCUUUGUUAUAGCUGUUCUGAUGGGACAUGCCAACAAUGCGCAUAAAUCUGCUAUAAAGGUGGUUACGGUGAAGUGUGUAAAUGCUGCUUCAUCAUGUUUUGUCAUGCUGCACUCUAGAGGAAAAUAAUAAACUUCGUACAGGUCA